AUUAAAAGUUUCAGGGUACAUUCACAAGCCAACCUAACAUCCAUUCAUCACAUCACACACACCUACCCCCUCUCCCAUGCAACACAACCAGGAUGCAUCUUUCCCACAACCAGCCGCUGCGAGUACUCCACUUCAUGCUCUGCAACACUAUGCUGCGGGCAAACCCUAACACGAGCCUCCCCUGCCACCCCUGCCACCUCUUCCCCCCCAGCCCCUCCCUACCCUCCCAUCUCCAACUCCCUUGAUCCUCAAAGCUCCACUAACAAUACUCAUCAUCCAACUCUUUGCCCUCCCCCUCCUCCUCGACCACGUCCUCCUCAUCCACCAACAAGUACCCCUCUGGAAGCGGGAGGUCAGGGAUGUUCCCAGCCACAAUCCCAAGUCCCUCAUCCCUCUUGUGCCAGUUGCGCACAACCCCCCAGUUGUGCGCAAUGUAAACCAGAUCCUUCAGCUUCUCCGAGCCGAGCUUGUUGCGCCGAGCAGUGUGGACCGAAUCCCACACUGCCCAGUUGCGCUCGCAUGCAGAAGCAGACACCGGCUGAGUGAGGACACGGCAAGCAAGUUUGGCCAGCUCCGGGCAGUCGGUGCCGUGCCAGGUCCACCAAUGCACCAUGCAACCCUUCCCCUCCUUCACGGCCAAUCGAUCUCUAAUGGCACCAGGCAUGCCAAAGCUGCCCUCGAGUUUCAGGAAGGACAUGAGUCCCUCCUGCAAGACGAGGGUGGCGCGCCUCUCCCCCACACCCUUCCUGGUAAUGGUCUGUCCCUCGUAGUGGCGGGAGAUGAAGUCUUUGAAGACUUUGGUGCACUCCACAUCAUCCAGGAAGAUCUCUUCCACCUGGUUGCCCGGAUUAAGGAUCCGACCAACCACGUGGAGGGGGCAGGCAAGGCUGCCAUCCCAGCGCGUCUUGACAAACUUGUUAAUCUCCCUUUCCUCCCCCCUCGUCAACAGCUCCUGCCCAUCCUCCCCUCAAGCAGCUGCUUCACAUCCACAGUCAGCUGCAGCAUGUGAUCAUAGAUUCUGCCCAUCAUCCCUUUCGCCGUGGAAUCGGUUGCUCGCAUUGCCAUGAAUGGCAACUUCAUCAGCUUCACAAAGAAGGCAGCCGCCUUCCACCAAAUCUUGUCCUCGAGGUGGGCUUGGAAGGCUUCCCCUGCACUCCUCCGCACCCCCGUUGCCCACAACUCCCACCCCUCGCUGUGCACCAUCUGUAGCAGCGACAGUUUGACCUCACAAAGCCGAGACAAUGCGAUAAAUUGUGUCCCGAACCUUGUUCCGGCCGGACGCACCACCUGCAAGCCCUUUCCGCCUUGCACCUCUGGACUCCUCAAGAAUCCACGCGUCCAGUGAUGCUUCCGAAUGUAAGCGAUGAUUUCGCCGCCCCGCUCGACCACCCCCUUGGCCCAAGCCAUCUUACCCACAUCCUCCAUGAGGAGGUCGAGCACGUGCGUGGCACACGGCACAUGCUCGAUGUGGGGCCACUCAUUGAAGAUCUCCUUGUAGGCGGCGGCGUAGUUGCUGCCCCCAUCCAUGCAGAGAGCAACUAUGUUCUCCGCUCCGACUUUCUCCACUAUCGGCCUUAGGAUACUAGCGAUCCCGAUCUGGGUUUAGCACAAUGGUUGGAGUCUACGAUGCCUCUCUGUUGAAGAGAGGGUUUGUAGAGACGUGGUUGGGUUGACUAGAUAAUUUGUGGUCUAGUGCGGUUGGGUGUUUUUCGGGGGUUGGGAGUUGGGAAGACAUCUUGAGAUUGCGAGGUGGCGAGUCAUUCCGUUUUUCCCAGCGCGUCGCAAACUGGUUUCGAAAAUUCAAAAUUU